AUGGGAUCCAAAAACCGACGUGCAGUCCAAGCCGCCCCCAGCGAAUUCAUCCCCAAACACCCUACCGAGAUCAUGGCUCACCCCGCCAUGGUCCUCACCGGCAACAUCCUCACCCUCACAAUCGACUACUGCGGACCCGGCAGCCCGAUCGAAAAAUCCACUUCCAUGAAAUCUCUCCUUACCAUCCUCCCCGACUACGCCCCCUAUGUCAAGAUCCUGCAACUUAGUAUCCACGCUGGAAUUCCCCACAUGGAACCCCCCAGCAUCUAUACUUCGCGCAUUGCAGACAUGAAGUCAAUUGUUGGGGAGAUCAACAAGUUUAAGAAGUUGGAGCAAGUCAGAAUAAGAAUGUUGGUUGAUUAUUGUAGUUUCCCGCAGAUGAAGCUCGCGGCUGCGAUGUUUGGGGUUAGACAGGAGGUUCAGCGCACUUUGCAGUAUGUGGUUAGGGGGGAGGAACCGGUUAGAGUGGAAGUGGAGAAUGAUACGAUGAGAAGAUUGAAUGGGGUUUGGAGAAAGGAGUUUUUGUAG